CACACCAAUCGAUCGUCCGCAGUUAUAACGUUAAUAAUAUUAUUCAUUAUUUUGAUAAACACUUUUAAAAGUGGAAAAACACAGUGGAUACUAUAUUUGUUCGUAAUUCUUUUCUUUUUUUUGAAAUGAACGAGCAAAAAAAAAUAAUAUAAAAUCUAUGGGACCGCGGACCACCUAUGACAAGCUCACGGAAACAUGCUAUUAAAUUGCUGAAUUUUGUUUGCAAUGCUAACUGCUGAUGAAUCGAUAAUUUGCUGUAUAUCAGACAUGUUCAUACAAAUUUCAUUUGUAUCCAUUAGGUUAGUACAAUCAUUUUCAUCUGGCAUAUUAAUUUUCACUGCAUGAACAUGUUUACACAUAGUACAUUUAUUGUAAAAUCGUAACAUGUACAAGAUAAUAAAAUAAUGUAUACUAACUCGUGUGCAGGUUAUUUGAUAAAAAAAAAAAUUAUAUUACAAUUGAUAAGGAAUUUGCUCGUGGGCUAUCUCUAGACGUUCGUCUAUUAGGAUAACAGAUAAUCUAUAAUAAUAGAUUAUCAUAGUUUAUGUUACGAACUAUCAACUAACAUAGUUCGUGGUUGGUAGUGUUUAUAAUUUGUUAAGUGUUUACUGUUUACCGUUUUACUAACUAAGCGAAAAUACUUCAUUUAUUAUAAAUACUUGUUUUUCUAUACUAAGUACAGUAAAGUAGUAAAGUAGUCUACUGUAAAUAAAAUUACUUGGUUUUAUUAUUAUUAUACAUGUCAAUUUAUUAAACUUUGAAGUCUUUAGUAAGUCAAUAUAAUAUUAUAGGUCUAAGAUCGCGGCAUUAUAUUUUGCAGAUGUGACCAAUUAAUUAUUUUAACUAAGUAAUAUUUGACUGAUGGAUGCACCUUAGUCUGUGGUUAUUGUGAACAGCUUUUGACGACUACUACCUGUUCGACAUUAAACAUGAUGGAUACCAAUUCACAUUCCAGCAGGUAACGUCUCAUUGUGAUUUUUAUUGAAAUAAAUAUAAAUUAUAAAAUAUUAAAUCGGUCUAGGUACUUAUAUAAUAUUUCCAAUAUAUACAUAUAUAAAUGUAUAUAUAUAUAUAUAUAUAAUACAUAUAUUUGUUACUAACUAAUUCAUAGCAUAAACACAAUAUUUUAAUUAUUAUAAUUGUACUUAUUGGAUAUUGGGUUCAGUAUGCAUUUGUUUAACUUUUAUUUCUAUGAAACAUUUUUAAUAUGUAGAAAUAAAACGCAUAUCUAUUUAAAUUAGGUAUUAAUUUUAAAUCUUCUAGAAUAGGUAUUUACAAAAUGUAUUUCUAUUAUUCUAACUUGAUCUUUAAAGUAGGUAUGCAAAUAAAAAUUUAUUUUUGAAGUAAAGUAUCUUAAACUGUAAUAUAGAAUGUUUUUUAGUAUUAACUGACAGUAUUUUUUAUUGCAAACAGGCAAAAUUCUUUUGAUGUUUAGCACUUGGAAACGCUUUACACGGCAAGGAUCAUUCUUACAAUGUCUUGUUAUUACUAACGGGCUGUUAUUUUCUGAAUAAACUAGUAAAAUUGCUAUUGGUUAAUAUACUUUCCAUGACAUUGCAAUUGUAAUGGCUCUAAAUAAAUUAUACGUAUAAAUGGAAUAUUUAUUCUCCACAUUAAAAUUUAUGUAGGAAAUAAAAUAUUUACAUUUACUUACUUACAUCAUUAAUUAUUUUAUUACAAAAACAAAUGCCUAAAUAUUUAUGUUUAAAAUUAUAAUUCACAUGUCUAAACACUCAGAUGUAAUAAAAAAAAAAAAGGUAAUAACAAUAAUGUUUAAUAUUUGAAAUUGUACUCAAUUUUUAGCUGUAAAAUAGUGUAUUAAUAUUAUAUUAAUAAAAUAACAUUUUUGUUUUUUGCUAAUUAAUUGUCUAAAUAUUUUAAUCGUGUAGGGUUAAUGAUGAAGAUAAAACUCGAAAGAAUAAACCGCGUCCUAAAAAAAUGUAAAAACUAAUAAUUAAUAAUUUUAUUUUAAUAUAAAUCAUGUAAUGCAGCGAAACCUCUAUGGAUAAUAUAUGUAUAUAUAUAUAUAUAUAUAUAUAUAUAUAGGUAUAUAUAUUAUAGAAGCUUCAUUAAUCAAUAAUUUUAAUUGAAUCCAUAAUUUGAUCUUUUUACUUCUUUGUAUAAAUUAUCAUCUAUUGUACAUUUUCAUACUCUUCCGUAACAGAAAUAUUGCCAUUUCUUACAAGUGUUCUAUGAUAGGAGUAUAUUCAGAGGGGGUUUUGGGGGUCUGAUCCCCAAAUCUCAUUGCAUUUUUUAUUUUAACAUAAUGUGUACAAUUUUCUAUUUAGAUUUAAAAAAAAUUUCUCACAAGGAAAUUUGUUGCCACUGUUAGCCAUUGAUCUAUUAUAAUGUUGUAUAGAGGUUUCACUGUAUGUAUUUUAUGCUAUUAAUAAAGUAACUUGAAAUAUUUUAGUGGUGGAAUAACCGAUGAAGAUGAUAUUGCUGUGGAUCAUACAUUAACAAUAAAACCGCCACAAGCCAGAGUUCACAAAUCAAGGCAUAAAGUAACCAGUCAUCAUAAACAUUCCAAAGUAACUAGAUUUAAUAUAUAUAUAUACAUACAAAAUAAUUCCUUUCUAAUAUAAUUAAAUGUGUUUUUAUAUUUAGGAUCCGACGAAAAAACAUCAUUCAAGUCAUCGAAAACAUAGACAUUCUCGGUAAUAUUUAUAUUUUAUACCAUAUUGUUUUGUGACUAUAACAUCUAAGUUGUAAGGGAUAAAUAAAUUAUAACAUAAUUAUGAAACAUUAUUUCAGAGAUGAUGAACUUUCCAUGAGAAGCAAAAGACCCAAAAAAGAUGAUGAUUAUUACAAAAUAGAUUCAAGAAAUUUAGAUAGAGUUGAAAAUGGUGAUUGGGAACGUUACAAAAAAAGGGGAGGUUAUGGUCAUGAUAAACAUUCAAAACAUGAAAAGCCACAUAGAGAUGAAAUGCUUAAGGUAUAUUAAUUGCAUAAUUCAUUAAUUAAUUAAUAGUUUUUAAUUGUAUUUUAAGUAACAAAUUGAAAUAAGAUAUGAAUUUAAGAUAUAUGCUGCUGUAGAAAUAAUAAGCUACAUUACAAUUAAAUUUUAGUAAUUCAACUGUUUAUUCCUUAGAAAUAAAAAUAAACAUUUUCUUUAUAAAUAGUGAAAUUUUAAAUUUAUUUUAUUUUUAAAAAUACCAUAUGGCCAAAAAGCUAUUUGUGUUCAAUUAUUAUUUAAAAUUAUUAAAAAAAAAAAAAACUGACAAAUUACAAUCAAAUUAAUGUACUACAUAGAUAUUUAUUUAACAUUAUUAUUCUUCACCUAGUUAUUUAAUAUGUAUCUUUUUUUGUUUAAAAAAAUUGUAUUUGUAAAGGAAAAUGAUUUGAGAAAUUUAUUACAAAAAAAGAAAAUGGAAAAAGAAGAACGAUAUCGUACUACAGAUUAUAAACACCAUCAAAAAAAAGAUGUAGGCAGUAGUGAUUCUAGAGAUGCACAUGCUAAGCUGAAAAGGCGAGAAGAAGAUGAAAGAGACAGUCGUAAAUCGCAUAGAGAAAGAGACCAAUAUAUUGAACAAUACUAUAAAAUGAUAGAUCGACCUCGUAAGUUUUAAUUGUAUAUUUUAAACAUGAUAUAUAGAUCCUUUAUAGACAAAAGAGGAUAAUUAACAUUUUGAUAAUUAUUAUUUAAGCAACGUUUUAACAUUUUGAAAUUUGAUAAUUGAUGAAUGCGCCCAGUGCCACUUUUUUGGGUUGAAAACAUGUCUUAUCAGGAAAAAACUCAUGUCUUGUAGAGGGGUCUGAUUUUGAUGAUUACUAUUUUGUUGGGAGGAGAAAGACUUCCUAUAGACUGCAAUGAACUCAGUUUUUCAUUAUUUGUAUUUCAAACUUUACAAUAGGUAUGUAUUUUUAGAACAAAUGUUAUUUUUAACUUUUGUGUAACAUUAUUGGAAAUCAAAUGAAAAAUUGAGUUUAAUGUGAUUUGUAUAAUUUUGUUUGUCAAUAUUACAAAAAAGUAAUCAAAUUAUUAAGUUGACAUUAUAUAAUCUUUAUAUUAUAAAAACAUUUUUGUCUGUAAAUAUAGCUGUACCCGUCUCCCUAAAUGAGUAUCAGACAUGGACACUAGAUAUUUGGGGUCAUUUAAUAGAAACUUACCAUUGUUCACAAAUUAAACUCCUGAUAUUUAUGCAAAAACAUUAAAUUUCUGUGAUACUCACUUAACCAUUUUAUCAUUGAUAAAAGUACUUUUUAUGAAUAUUAUGUAAUUUUGGCAAAAAAAUGUUGCUUACUCGCUUUUGUCUACUAUGGCUCAAUAUUGUAGUAUAUAGUACAUUAUUGAAAAUUAAUUUUGUUUUUAUGCACUUUUCCAAGAAAUAACAGUGGAACAAGGUAGACAUUAUUAUAUUAUUUUUAUAUUAAGUUACAUAAAAGGCUGGGAUUUAAAUUUUUUUUUACUAUAAUUUGUUAGUUAUGAACUCAUACCAUUAUACAUUAAUUUUUUAAUAACAAUAAUAAUAAAAAUAUUUAAAAUAAUUCUAUAUAAUUUUAAUACCUACAAUAUUCUAGUAUUCAAAUCUUCUCUUUUACCUUCAUUUCAACUAUUUAAGGUUUGCCACCAUUAUCAUAAACAUCCACUUAACAUGUUCUCCCACAUCAUUUUCUCAUACACACUUGCUGUCUUUAUAUCAUUCUUAAUCAUAUUUAACCACCUUUUUUUCUCUUUCUUCCUCCUACUUUUAUUUUCAUUUCAAUUCUUAUUACUUCUAAUUUCUCUCUCCUCAUGGCAUACCCAACCCAUUUCUGUCUAUUUUCAUUCAUUUUGUCUACUAUUGAAGCCACACUAAUAUUAUCUUUUAUGUACUCAUUCCUUAUCAUGUCACUUCAUUUGUCCAGCAAAGCAUUCUUAUUUCUGUUACACUCAUUCUCUAUUCUAUUUUUCUGUAUACCGCUUAACAAUUCGAAACCAUACAACAUAGCUGGUCUCGUCACAUUCUUGAGAAUUUGCCUUUAAGUCUCAUUGGAAUUUCUUGUCACCUAAAACACCUGGCACUUCUCUUUACUUAUCCAACUACACUUAAUUCUAUGUUUUACAUUUUUGUAAAAAUUACUGUUUUUUUGUACAAAAGAUCCUAAGUACUUAAAACUUUCAACCUUUUCUAUUAUAUCACAUUUAUUGUCUUGCUCUAUUCUGCUAAACUUAUACUCUAAAUACUCUGUUUUACUUUUGCUGUAAAAUAUUAUAAAUAAAAUACAAUAUUUACAAUAUUAUUUUUUUAUUACAAUUUAAUAUCAAAUAUAAUAAUAAUGCAAUUUUUGGGUGUUAUUAUUAUUGUCACAGUUUAGUUCAUAAAUGAAUUAUCAAUUACAAUCUUUAAAUAGGUAUUUGUACCUCUUUUUGCCUUUUUGAUAUAAACAAUUUAUAGUGUAUUAAUUGAAAACUUAUUUUAUUUUUAUGCAUUUUUCAAAGAAAUAACAGUGAAACAAGGUAGACAAUAUUAUAUUAUUUUUAUUUAUUCUAAGUUAUAUAAGUUAUAGAUCAGUUAGGUAUUUCUACCUAAUGAUAUUAUAAAAAUGUAUAGUGUAUGAUAUGAUUGAAAAUUAAUUUUGUUUUAUACAUUUUUCAUAGAAAAAACAGUGGAACAAGGUAGAUAAUAUUAUAUUAUUUUUACUUAUACUAGGUUUUAAAAGUUGAGUUUCAAAAAGGGCUGGGAUUAUUUUUUUGACCAGAAUUUAUUAGUUAUGAACUCAUACCAUUAUAAAGUAAUUCUAUAGUAGGGCCCGAAAAUUGUACGCGUUUGCAUAUUUUUGUUUAUUAUAUUAAAAAGUAGCUAGGUAAGACACAAAUUUGAAUCUUAGCCUAAUAUAUACAAUAUAUACAAUUUAAUUUUGCAUAUUUUUGCAUAUUCAGAACAUUUUUUAUUAAUAAUAGUUGUUUAUUGUAAUAAAAAAUAACAUGGACUUAUCACAACAUAAGAAAAAAACAUAGAAUCAUGAUUAAACAUCACCUAUAAGCAUUGCUUGAAAUUGUGAUGUUGAGUUCAUAUACAAAAUAAUAUAAUAAAAAAAAGGAAAAAUAAUAAAUAAAAUAUUCAGAAAAGUCUGUCAACAUAUAGUAAUUACAUACUAUGUUAUUAUGCAUAUUCAAGUAUUAUUUCAAAAAUAUAAUGCAUAUAUUUUGAAAAAAAUAGUAUCAAGUUAAUAAUACUAAUACCUAACUAAGGACAUAUUCAUAUUUUGAUUAUUUUUAAAUUUGUAUUUAUCCAUGUAUCGACUCAUGUAAUGCCAAUUGAUAAUAUUGUUUAUCGAUGAGCUUACUAUUUAAUAAGAUAAAGUUUGCUGUUGGUACCACAAAGAUUCCCUAUAAUGAAAAACUAGUAAUGGUUUAUUAUAUUUGUUUGCCUAUUCGAAUGAAAAAAAAUGCAUAAAUGGAUGCAUGUUUUAUAUGGUUUUAGUGCCCUAGUUUUCGGGCCCUAGUAAUGAGUAACAAUAUUACAAAUAAAAUACAAUGUUUUUGUUUAUUUCUAUUUUCAUUUAAUUAAAAAUAAUGGAUAGAAUUCAAUUAAUAAUCUAACUUAAUAAUAUAACAUACUGAACCAUACUAUAGGGUGAAACAAAUAAGUGAAUAUUAUUGUGUUAUUAAAAUUAAAAUAUCAAAUUAAUAAUAAUUAUGUAAUUUUGAGGUAUUAUAAUUUUCCCAGCCCUUGUCAUAAAUAAUUUAUUAUUAUUAUAAUAAUUUAUGUCUGAUAAAUAAUUAAUUUUUUUUUUUGUAUUUUUCAAUCCCAUUGAUUAUUUUAAGAGUAUUUAUUUUGUUAUAGGACCAGAUAUGGUACCUGAUCUAGUUGUGUUAUCAAAUGAUUCAUCUUCAUCAGACGAUGAAAAUGAUAACAAAGAACACAAGGAGGGAAAUAAUAAAACUAAAAUUGAAGAAAAUUCUCUCACUCCACCAUUGAUUGAAGCUAAAUCGGAAGGAGAAGAAUCUAAUGAAUCAGGUCAAGAUUCAGGCGAUGACACUGAUAGUUCUGGUUCUUCAUCUUCGUCUUCAAAAAGUUCACAUUCUAGCGGUAUGUGAGGUUUAAAAAUAACUUUAAUUUUAAUCUUCAAAUUUUAUGAUGUUUAUUACUAUUUUAGAGUUACUCUAUUGCUUUAGGUACUUGUAUGUAUACCAAAUAUGAAAUAAUCAAUACAUUGUUUAUUAUUUUAAUCCACUAUACUUUAUGUAAAAAAAAUAACAUCCAUCCAGUUAUUAAUACAUGUAUAUAUUUAAUUUUUUUUUUAGAAAAAUCUGAUAAAUCUAGUAGCAGCAACUCUAUAAAAGAAGAAUCAAAAUCACCAGAAAUUGAUACUGAAAUUCAGAUGGAUAUCACAUUAGAAAAAAACUCGUCUCCUCCAUUGUCACCUUUAAAAUAUUUACCUGCGCUCCAAGGUUGUCGAAGUGUAGAAGAAUUUCAAUGCUUAAAUAGGUUAUUAGGCAAUCAUAAUUAUUUAUUAUUCAUUAGAUUUAUUUUUUUGUUUAUAAUUUUUAGAAUUGAAGAAGGAACCUAUGGUGUGGUUUAUCGAGCCAAAGAAAAGCAAACUGAUCAAAUAGUGGCAUUGAAACGAUUGAAAAUGGAAAAAGAGAAAGAGGGAUUUCCAAUUACUUCACUGAGAGAAAUAAGCACUCUUUUAAAAUCACAGCAUCCUAAUAUUGUGAAGGUAAAAGAAAUUGUUGUAGGCAGUAACAUGGAUAAAAUUUUCAUUGUCAUGGAUUAUGUUGAACAUGAUAUGAAAUCUUUAAUGGAAACAAUGAGACAAAAAAAACAGUCAUUUACACCUGGUAAAUAAUUAUACUAUAUUAUUUUUCGAUUGGAUUUCAAACAAUUAAAUUUUUACAUUAUUUGUUUUCCAGCUGAAAUUAAAUGUUUAAUGGGACAACUUUUAAAGGCUGUAGAACAUUUACAUGAUAAUUGGAUUUUACAUAGAGAUUUGAAAACCUCCAAUUUACUUUUAAGCCAUAAAGGUAUUUUAAAAGUUGGCGAUUUCGGUUUAGCUCGAGAAUAUGGUUCUCCAUUAAAAUCAUAUACACCGGUAGUUGUGACUUUGUGGUAUCGUUCACCUGAACUUUUGUUAGGCGCCAAGGUUAGUGAGAUUAUAUCUUUGAAGAUUAUUUAUUUUUGUGUUCUCAUAGUUUUACUGUUAGGAAUGGUUAAAAAAAAUUUUAUUUUAUAAUAUCAAAUAAUAUUUUGUUGUCUUAUUUUCGAUGUGCCAUUCAAAUUACAAAAAGUAUUUCAAUUAAUUUUUUAGGAAUAUUCGACUCCAAUUGAUAUUUGGUCUGUAGGAUGUAUAUUUGCUGAAUUUCUGUUAAUGGAACCACUGUUCACUGGAAAAACUGAAUAUGAUCAGUUGAAAAAAAUAUUUAGUACCUUUGGUACGCCCAAUGAAAAAGUAUGGCCUGGAUAUUCGAGUUUGUCAUUUGUAACAAAAGCAUCAAUGCCUGAUUGUCCUCCGGCUAAUUUUAAAGGAAGGUUUACAAAAGAAGGCAUUUUAACAGAUAUUGGAUAUGAUUUAUUAAGAAAGUGAGUUAGAUAAUUUGUUAAACGAUUAUAUAUUUUAUUCAUUAUGCAUAUUUUGUUAUAACUUAUAAAUUACUAGAAUGCUUACAUACAAUCCGAGUACACGUGUAACAGCCGAAGAUGCACUUAAACAUAAAUACUUCUCAGAGAUGCCAUUAGCCAUAGAUCCGGCAAUGUUUCCAACAUGGCCAGCAAAGAGCGAAGGCGGUACGAGAAGAGUUGCAGCAGCUAGUCCAAAACCACCAUCUGGCGGUGGGGAAUACAAACAGCUCAAAGAAGACGAAGGAUUUCAUAUCGGUAAUAAUUUACCAAGAGUUCCUGCAGUACCAGCGUUUAGUCUUAAGUUUUAAUUUUUGCCUUGUUAUAUAUUUUUCAUUUGUAAAUAAUUAAAACAAUUUUUUACUACAUUCGACAUGUACAAUAUUCUACAAAUUAUUUUAUUACUCAAUUUCUUUGAUAAUACACAGUAUCCUUAUGAUGAAAGUUCAUUAGACUGGUAUAUUAUAUUUAAAUAUUAAAUUUGAAUAUAAUAUUACAUUUUUAGUGUAUCAUUUUAUAUUCUUUAGUGACAAUAAUCAGUAAUAAUUGUAUAGUAUGAUGG